CUGAGAUUUGGAGGCAAGCAUAUCUGCUCCACUCUCAGCCCAAUUCUGCUCAGUACAUCUACAACAAUAGUUUUGCAGUGUUGAGAGCUAGGGAUUUUGGUUUCCAGUUAAGAUCAGAACUUUAAGCUGCCUUGAGCUGCCAAUACCAUUGCAUUGUGCCAUUUGAGUGCUAAAUUCAGAGAGGUUCCAACUUGGCAGUGAGGAGAUUAUGGCUUGUGUCAAUGUUUUGCUCGAUAAAUGCCAAUGUGUUCCUGGAGUACGACAGAGUGCAAUCUUAUACACUAUCUUGAGCCAGCAGAGAGACCUGAAGGCCAGCUCUGAGUUCUCACAUCACAGCUGCUCCUGUGAAACCAUGCAGACAGUUCGCUUGAAAACUCCACAGGUUACCUGUCAGAUGGUAUCUGAUGUGCUGGUGAAGACAGUAAGUUUUAUGAAGAACCUUCCUUCGUUCCACCACCUUCCCAGAGCAGAUCAGUUGCUGUUACUGGAAAACUGCUGGACGCCAUUGUUUUUGUUGGGAUUGGCCCAGGAGAGAGUGAGCUUUGACGUGAUAGAGACUCCAGGCCACAGUAUGCUGAAGAGAAUCUUGCUGAAUAGGCAAGGCCUGAUCAAGACAGGGGAAGAGAAAAGGAGACAGCCAACACUUGCUGGUGUACAAAGGGUAAAAAUGUGUCUGCACAAGUUCUGGGAUUUGGAUCUGAGUCCAACAGGAUACGCAUACCUGAAAGGAGCUAUCCUCUUCAACCCCGACUUGCCUGGACUCCAAGCUCCUGAUUACAUUGAAAGCCUCCAGUGGGAAGCACAGCGCGCACUCCACAAGGUCCUGGUGCCUCUUCCUUCCCGGGACAACAGCCGCUUUGCCAGUGUUUUACUCACCGUCUCUGCCCUGAAAACCAUCAGCCCUGAUCUCAUAAUAGAACUCUUCUUCAGGCCAGUGGUCGGAACAGCUGACAUGAAUGAGGUGCUGCUAGAGAUGCUUUAUACCCAGUGAAGAGCAGCCACCAUCAUUACUGCUAGUCAACUGCUUACUUGACCCCUGCACACAUUACCUGCCUGGACAAGCCUCUCUGCACACUCACAGCUCACCCACAUCACUUGGUCACCUCUACCUUACUGCCUACCUACAACACCUGCCCAUUGAAGCCUCAGUACUCACCCACAUCCUCUCCCACUUGUACUUCACUGCUUGCUCAUUGAUCAACCAUGUCAUAUACCCUUCCACACCUCACUGCUGCUUAUCCAAUCCCCACUUUAAUCACACACACCUCAUUAUUUAUCCAUUGCCCACUAAAACCUCAUUGCUCACUUGCAGAGCCACAAUCAUACCUUAAUGACCAUCCACAUUUCCCUGUCCUGUCAUUCCCACCUACUCUAUUGUUUUAUAUAGUUAUUUUUUUUAUCACGAAUAAAAAUAUUUUGCUCAUUUUAAACAGUUUAUUGCAGAGAGCUUUACUGAGUCAAUACACUUAUUGUCAAUUCAAAGAAACCCUUGAGUAUAAAUGUAGACAUUUCAUUCAGGUUACUCUAUGAAUAUUCUACAUCAAAACAUGCCUUUGGGUAACUGCUUAAGCCCACAUGGAAUCUUAACAUCUGGCUAUGGGAUGCUCAGUGUUUAGGAAAAGGAGCAGGAAUGCAGCCCCUUGAAUCUACUUGUUUGUCACAUGAAAAACUAAAGAUACCAUAUCCCAUCAUAAAAGAAAAUGCUGGAAAAACUCAGCAGGUCAUGCAGCAUCUAUGAAAAGAGAAACAGUCAAUGUUUUGGGUCUAUGACCCUUCAGAACUGGGAAAGAGAGGGAUGCAAGUUAGUUUACAAUAGGCGAGAAGGUGAAGGACAGAUGUGCAGAACAAAGGGAGUGUCUUAUAGGAUGAGUCAAAAUGGCUUAAUGGGGACAGUUAGCAGCACAUUAAGCUUCUGGGUCUGGUGUAUUGAGUUGUUAAUGGUAAGAUGGUGGAAGCUGCCAGGCAGGCUGCACUUGUGGUGUAGGAUAAGGAAAAAACAAAAUGGAAAAUGCUGGAAAAACUAAGCAGAUCAGGCAGCAUCUGUGGAAAGAGAAACAGUUAAUCAGUCCUAAUAAAGAGAAAUAAGUCAGUCUGGGCAGCAGCAAAAUUUCUCUCUUAGAGUGAACACAUAUGGCAGAUGGGAUAAGGUAUAAUGACUGCUUAAUUUAUUGCUGAUGUGAUUCUGGCAUACUGGACAUGUGGACAUGUUCAGCAAGCCAGACUACACAGAAAGGAAAGGAAAAAAAGAAUGGCAGGUGGAAAUGCUUCUUGUAUGUAGACAGGAAGAAAGAGCAUGUUAUCCAAGUUAAGAGAAUUCAGUAAGUGCUGGAGGAACUCAGCAGGUCAGUCAGCAUCCAUGGAGGGAACUAAACAGUCGACAUUUUGAGCCGAGACCCUUCAUCAGGACUGGAAAGGAAGAGGGCAGA